UCCACCUCACUCACCAUCCAGGCGUCAACAACAAAUACAAAUUAAUCAAGUGUACGGACAACGGCAGCAGCACCACCGCCACCACCAUUUAAACGAACACCGCAUUCAGUUCAGCACCAUUCAGCCACACAGGACAUUCAUAAUCAUCAUUGCAACAACUUCAACUACAACAACAACAAAAUGAAUUUAAUGUUUCGCAAGAAUUUUCGCGAGGGCGCCAGCAAAUCGGGCGGCGGUGGCGGCAAACUUCAAUCGAAGGCGAACCGCACAAAGCGAUCCAGAGAUAUGGGUCUGGUCCAGCAGCCGGAGGAGAUACACUAUCGUACCCAUCUAUUUUUCUCACCCAAUCGACCCGGCUAUGACGUGGGCGAAGAAUCCAUUGCAGAACGAUGUAGCGCACUAUCGGGCAUACCCGGUACCCCGACCACAUCCACGUCCUUUACACUGCCAUCCAUGCCAUAUGAAGUGGACUUACCGCAGCCGCUCGUCGAUCGAUCCGUCUCUCUAAUGCGUUGGAACAGCGCCAGCGGCAACAGCACAAAUAGCAGUCUCAUCCGACUGCAGCAACAGUUGCAGCCGCUACAGCAACAGCAGCAACAGCAGCAACAGCAACAGCAACAGCAGCAACAUCAACAGCAGCAACACGCCUACUUCUACCAACAACAGCAGCAACAACAAACAUGCAGUCCGACGAGCACUUUGCUUACAGCUGCCGCAGCGGCAACGCGGCAAGGUCAUUUUGGUGGCGGUGGCACCGUGGGUACAACACGUGCUGAGCCCAUCUCAUUGGCAACUCUGGAUCGAGAUUGUUUCAUCAUUCCAGUGCAUAGUGUCGAACGCUUUUUACCAGCCGGAAUACCGUUACCCGCUUUGAAUGCCGAGGGUAAAGCCACCAGUCCUCUAAGCGUGUUGGAAGUCUCAGAUCCCAAAUUGUGUAUCCUUGUGCAUCUUAUGAGUCCCCUGGAAGCCAUAGAUCCCGUUAUGGAGUCACCGCUCUCACAUCCGCUGCUCAAGCAACGUGCAAUUGCCGCAGAGCUUUUAACGGAGGUGCAACAGGCCAACACUGCCGUCGGCGGCAUGAUUUUAGCCAAUAUGGAGAAAAUAGCCGAAUUUCCAUUUAUAUCGUAUUAUCUGAUUAAUACGAUGCAAACGGAUCCAUCGAAUUUCUACUCCAGCCUGCGCGUCUCAUCGCUCUCCAAAUUCGAGCCCAAAGCUCUCAAAUACACUGCCGCCCAUACCCUGGAUCUUUAUAGUGAGGUGGCUUCGAUUUGUCGACCUCCGCUUGUGUUGCCCUCGAAUGAAGCCGGCAGCUUUAAGAAAUCACAGACGCCGGCCACGGGCUACAUUAUCAGCGUGUUCAAGGUCUUUGAGGGCGACGACGGCGAGCGAUUCGAAAAGAAUUGGCUGUAUUGGACAGGAGCUCGCAUGUUGUACAGAUAUUUGCCACGUGCUGCGGGCUUGCGACGAAUUGCACUGCAUAAAAGUACCUCACAGAAGGGCGAUAAAAUGUAUCUGUUGGUUUGCGAGUGUGCGGAUCUGUUGAAAGAUAUAUCAUUGGCCGCCUUUUUGAUACCUGCACUGCGAGCACGUCUCUGCGGCUAUACAGGACUCUAUCGACCAAUUCAGACUUUCUAGAGACGAUCUAUAAAAAUAACGAUAGUAAUAACUAUAUUUUUCUAUGCUGUAAAUAGUUGAGGACUAUAUGGCAAUGGCAACAAUUGCAACUGUUAAGUAUAUCGAUUUUUAAACAAUUAACAACUGAUAUAUAGUGCUAAAAUCAAACCUUUAAUUAUAAUAGACACACACACACACACAGACAGACAAACACAGGCAAUAUCAUUAGCAAGUAGACAAUAUACUCAAGGUAACUCAUAUCGUAUAUGUUAAAAUUUUCUAUAUAAGCAUAUAGACGAAACAAUUAAUAGGACCAUAUCUAGUAUGAAAUGUUAAAACAACUUCCAUUUUUAGCCAGUACAUAUAGAUUUUCGAUUCAAAAAAUAUUAUAUCCAAGUUACGCUGAAUUUUUAAAACUUAAUAACAAAAUUACGCUGAGAUGUAGGCUAUGAAAAUUACAAGUCAAUUCUUAACACAAUCUCAAACCAACACACACACACAAUAUAUAGAAAGGAAAUCACAUUUAAUGGGUUUCAAACUAAUCAAAAUGAAGUGCUGCAAAUAAAUGUGAAAACAUUGCCCAAAUCUAACAUAGAUCUGCCAACAAAAUGAUGAUUAAUAGUUAUAAUAAUAAAAAGCUCUUUUUAAAAUCUUAGACAAUUCAAUAACUUGAACGCAAGCCAAAUAAUUUUAAUAUUAAAUGCAAUUCUAUAAUUUUAUUCAAUAAUUUUACCAAAUUGCUGACAAACUUUUACUUUCGUAUACAAUUCUUAAAUAUAAGCUAUGCAUACUAUCAAACUUCUCUUAUUUAAAUUUGUUGAUCAGCCCAAAUGUAUGCUACUCUUAUAUUGGAGAAUUUGUAACGAAAGUGGAAAGUAAAUAAGGCUUUAUAAUAAUAAAAUCAAAUGCAAUAAGUAGCUUAGUAUUUAACCAUAAGUAAUGCCCUGUAAAUACAUAAGUUUGACCUAUUUUAUCAACUUUGUUCCGGAUAUCUAAUUUUGCACAAUAAAAAGAAAAUCAAAAA